AAAUAAGAUUAUGUAAGAUCAUCGUCUUUAUUUAGACRAUCUUUUUCGAGUUUUAUGGUCGUUUUGCGUGAAAAUUCCUAGGUUUACUUACUGCAUCUCAUCCUGUUGGUCAAGUAGUCAAUCUAGUCUAUAGGAACCGUUUUCUGCAUAGGUAUGAUCUGUCUUGCUGCAAGAUCUUUUCGUUCUUUCACUACACCGCUGUCAGCUGUUUUGUCAAGACAUGUUAGUUAUGUGCAAGGACAGUCUCCGGCACCUAAAAUAAGGGAAUAUUUUUAUUACAUUGACCAUCAAGGACAGCUUUUUCUAGAUGACACAAAAGUGAAAAACUUCAUCACUUGUUUCAAAGAUAAGCAAUUUUUAAAAUUCUUCUUCAAGAGAAUUAAGCACAACACUAGUUCAAGAUAUGAAGAAUUCCCGUAUAUAUCACCAUGCGGUAUUGAGAAAAAUUAUAUCCGCUGUGACGACGUCCCAUUUGUAUUCUCUACGCUUAUAGAAGGAAAUGAUGAUUCACCUGAAGGUUUGCUGACUUGCAAUGGAAUGGCYGACGUCUUCACAUUCCCAUUUCAGCCGGAAAAAAUUUGCAUGUUGCCAGAAAGUGGACGAAUCUAUCACCCUGGACCAAACAAAACAGGGGGUGUUGGAUUGAUAAAGUCUAGUUUAGCAAUUGARCUGAGCCCAAACUUUGAAUACCAGCAUGGAAACCAAGAGACUGAUCCACCAACACAUUUUCACUGGAUGUCAAAAAGAUAUGAAUUGGACAACUCGUUAUGGGAUGUUAUUAGAAGUGACGAAGUGCAGAGAUUGAAGGAMGGAUUAUGUAAAACAUCACAAUAAACUCUUACAGAA